AUGAUUAAAGCUUUGAGAUGGGGAUACAAACAGUUGCAGAUUCAAGCUUUUGGGGUGGCCUUUGGGUCAUUGCUGAACUCGUUUCAAACGAACAUUCCCCAUGACAGGCGUGAAAGUUUGCCUUUCAGCUUGUACAUCUUAUCACAAUUUGAACGACAUAUCUUGGUGCGGGAAACUUCACAAGAUGAAAUUUUGAUUCUGGGGGCUUUCUUGCUGCUCCUUUUCUCAGGACUGAGAUUUGCGGACUUACAACGUACUGCACCUACAUCUUUGCAAUGGGAUGGUGCUAUCCUCAGAGGAUUGGCCUGGCGUACCAAGACAUCGUCAGCAGGAACCCCGUUCGGGGCUGUGGCAAUUCAUGGUGGAUGGAGACCAGUUACACCACUCUCCAGGGGUGGACAAAUUCCUCUGAUAGAGCCGGAUUUUUCAUUGGAAAAAUACAACAAGACGGCAGCAGAUCACUCUUGGGGUUUCUUGCAAUUUCAUGGACAGAAAUUUGCUUUGCCUGAACAAGGCCCUGCACUUCCAGCUGCAGGCAUUGAGGAAGUGGAAGCUUCCUCCUCAUCCGACUCAGGUGAGAGUGACAGCUCGUCCAGCUCAUCGGCAUCCAAGCCUUCAGCAAAGCCCACCAAGAAAACUGAGGAGUUGCAAUUGAGUGGAACUCAGAGCUUGUGCGGCCAUUCGGGCUGCCGCAAGGGUUGGACUUCCGUUCCCCCACAAAAGGUGGAUCAAUUGUUGGAUGAUGGAUGGACCACAGAGCAUUUUGCCUUGUGUGCCACUUCACUGGAAGAUUUCGAUGCAGUCAUGACGGACCUUUUUGACACUAGUCUGAGUCCUCUUCACAAGGCUUCUUUGCGGCUUGCAUGGAAGAGAUGUCAGUCAUCAUCCAAUCAGGGCGCAGUGGCUCCCACACCAGCAAUGGCCAGCCCGGAAGUGGCAGCUCAACCAUUGGCUGGAUCAUGGUCAGAGACAUUUGCACCGAAGCUCACGUCAGCGAACGUCAGCCAGAUUAAGGCGGCUUUCAAGAAGAAUUACCCGGCAGAAGUCCUUUUGCCGGAGAAUUUGCCAAGCCUUCGACUUCUGUCUAUGGUAGUCCAUCAGAAGAACAAGCAAGAUUUUAAAUGGAUUCCCUGGAAGUAUAGACUCACAUCAGCGAAAUGUGACGAGCUGACAUCGUCCAAGUCGUCAAAGAUGGCUCGAGCUGAAGGUAUCCAGCUCCAUUCCAUUUUAAUGGAUGAGCCCCCUGCGAUGGAGAUCUCGAACGGUGGGCUUGGUCUUCAUGCUCUUCGACAGAUGUUCGAAACAUUUGCAUUUGCCAUGGCCAUGGCGGAAGUUUGUCAUCUUUCAUCUCUCAAAGCCUACUACCUGAAGUUCCUGUCUUUGAUGACACAGAAAUUUGACGCGGACACCGGGUUGAGAGGGCCGACCAUUUUGGAGGCUCAGGUGGCCGACAAGGCCCUGAUGACCACAGCCAUUGACCUUGUUAUGGAGAGAUCUUGGACGUGGGACGAUGCACUAUAUGAAGUUACACACAUUCGUGCAGAUCUCACCUCGUUGCUGCAACCUAG